AUGGGAUACAAACUGUAUAAUCUCAUCACAAAGAAGGUGAUUAUAAGUAGAGAUGUUAUCUUUGAAGAAGAUAAAACUUUGAAAUGGAAUAAGGAUCAAGAAAUCACAUGUAUCAGUAUUGAUAUAAUCCUUAAAGAUGAAGUGGAAGUUGUCAAGCAGGUACCGGUUCUUGCAGGAGUAUGUGGAACAGAGCCUUUUCGCCGAACGGAUUACUUCUUAAAGCAGGUGGAAUCAACUGGGUUCUGUGGGGUGCAAAAUUUUCCAACUGUUGGGCUGUUCGAUAGUAAUUUUAGACAAAAUCUGGAAGAGACGGGAACUGGAUAUGGAUUGGAGGUUCAGAUGAUUGAGAAGGCACAUAAAAAGGGUCUCUUGACAACCCCAUAUGCUUUUAAUGAAAAUGAAGCCAGUGAUAUGGCAAAAGUUGGUGCGAAUAUCAUUGUUGCCCAUAUGGGGCUUACUACAUUUGGGUCUGUUGAUGCACAAACAGCUGUCUCAUUAGAUGAAAGUGUAUUUCGUGUGCAAGCUAUUGCAGACUGUUGGCUUCCUUUUCUUGCUCAGGCUUUUAAUAACGGAUCUCUUAAUGGCUUUGCAGGCCCCAUAUCCGGACCCAGAGAGGUAGAAUUCAUACCGAAGAAAACCAAGGGAGUUCAUGGAUCCUAUGGUGCAUCAAGCAUGGAGAGACUGCCUGUUGAACAAGCCAUUUCCAUCAAAUGA